GGUCGCACAUUUCCUUGGAAUCACAUUCGCGCGUAUUAUAUUCGGGAGGCAGGAGAUGCAAGAGAUAUCACUGGACAACUGUGACAGUUUCAGGGCGAAGUUCUUUAUUCAUUAUUAUUAUUAUUGUUAUUGACUUUAAUGUCGCUGAAUUGAGGGUUGAUUGCAGAAUCUCUCUCUUAAAUAUGUGGUAUAGGAUAGGAUAUGAAAAAGAUACAGUCAAACAUAACGAUUUGAUGUGAAUAGGAUAUGAUUCUAUUGGGCUCUGGCUGUAUAUGUUUUAGUUGUUCCUAAGCUUUUAAAAUGAAAAAAUAUAUAUUGCAGUGUCAUGCAGCAAUUGUAACGUGAUUGAUGUGUCGAUUUGUGAAAGUUUUACAAUUUUUGGGCAAUUUCCAUCAAGAUAUGAGCCGGGCUGGGGGAUUUGACUGAAUGCAGCAGUAUAAUAGACACUUGGACCGUAUUUGUUCUGAAUCGGAUUUUCGUUAUACCGCUGAUGGAUGCCAUUCUAAACUUUUAUCAAUGGCUGCAUAUAUUAACAUACUAUGCAACUCUGGAGCGGCCUGGUCAGCCAAUCUAUGUUGUCAACCUAGUAUUAAACUCUUAUACGGACAGCCGAAUCAGCCAGUUAAAUGCCAGUUAUGGGUUAGGGGGGGGCUAAAGAAAACGAUGUUUGGACCAAUGAGGAAACGCGAUUUCUUUUUUUUUUAAUUUCAGGCAAAGUUUUGGGUUUUGUUGCCGCUGUCUGUACACUUACGUCCUUGCAAAUUUGUAGCUUCUUUGCUAAAGGAAAACCAGUAAGGAAACGAAUCGAGUGGACUGUGGAAUUCUGGAAAAAAGGAUAUUACGGAAGAAUAAUUUAAAGAUAUCAGUUAGUUUACCCGGAGUGUCGUACGCUCGGUAUAAUUGUCACAAUAUAGUCAGUCUGGGUUUGGAAUAGUAGGACAACUACAGAAAUAGAGGAAUCAUCAUGGAUCAUUACGAGGCCGAUGAAAAUGAAUACAUGCAUCAGGAGGACGACUGGGAUCGAGAUCUUCUUUUGGACCCUGCUUGGGAAAAACAGCAGAGGAAGACAUUCACAGCAUGGUGCAACUCACACCUUCGGAAAGCAGGGACACAAAUUGAGAACAUCGAGGAGGACUUUCGGGAUGGUCUAAAGCUCAUGCUUUUGCUUGAAGUUAUCUCAGGAGAACGGCUGGCUAAGCCAGAGAGGGGGAAGAUGCGCGUUCACAAGAUCUCUAAUGUCAACAAAGCUCUGGAUUUUAUUGCCAGCAAAGGAGUAAAGUUGGUGUGCAUUGGGGCAGAAGAGAUUGUUGAUGGUAAUGCUAAGAUGACGCUUGGAAUGAUCUGGACAAUUAUUCUCCGGUUUGCAAUCCAAGACAUUUCUGUUGAAGAGACGUCGGCCAAAGAGGGUCUGCUUCUGUGGUGUCAAAGGAAGACGGCGCCUUACAAAAAUGUCAACAUUCAGAACUUUCACAUCAGCUGGAAAGAUGGCUUGGGAUUCUGCGCACUCAUUCAUAGACAUCGUCCAGAGCUCAUUGACUAUGGGAAACUUCGCAAGGAUGACCCCAUGACCAACCUCAACACAGCAUUUGAUGUGGCAGAGAAGUACCUGGACAUCCCCAAGAUGCUGGAUGCUGAGGACAUCGUAGGCACUGCCCGCCCAGAUGAGAAGGCCAUCAUGACUUACGUCUCGAGCUUCUACCAUGCCUUCUCAGGCGCCCAGAAGGCAGAGACAGCAGCCAACCGGAUCUGCAAGGUUUUGGCAGUGAACCAAGAGAAUGAGCAACUGAUGGAGGACUACGAGAAACUAGCCAGUGAUCUGCUGGAAUGGAUCCGACGUACCAUCCCCUGGUUAGAGAACAGAACCCCAGAGAACACGAUGCAGGCCAUGCAGCAGAAGCUGGAGGACUUCCGGGACUACCGGCGCCUCCAUAAACCGCCGAAAGUACAGGAAAAGUGCCAGAUGGAGAUCAACUUUAAUACCCUCCAGACAAAGCUGAGGCUCAGCAACAGACCUGCCUUCAUGCCUUCAGAGGGGAAGAUGGUCUCGGACAUUUCCAAUGCUUGGGUUGGACUGGAAGGCGCUGAGAAAGGCUAUGAGGAGUGGCUGUUGAAUGAGAUCCGCCGGCUAGAGAGACUUGACCAUCUGGCUGAGAAGUUUCGUCAGAAAGCUGCCAUCCAUGAGGCCUGGACUGAAGGUAAGGAGGAGAUGCUACAAAAGAGGGACUAUGAGACUGCAUCACUGUCGGAUAUCAAGGCCCUGCUGAAGAAGCAUGAAGCUUUUGAGAGUGACCUGGCUGCCCAUCAGGACAGAGUGGAACAGAUCGCAGCCAUUGCACAAGAGUUGAAUGAGCUGAACUACUACGAUUCUCCCAAUGUGAAUACCCGUUGCCAGCAUAUCUGUGACCAGUGGGAUGCUCUUGGUGGUCUUACUCAGAAGCGAAGUGAGGCUUUGCAGACAACAGAAAAGCUCCUGGAAACGAUCGACCAGUUGUACCUUGAAUUUGCCAAAAGGGCGGCGCCAUUUAACAACUGGAUGGAGGGGGCCAUGGAAGAUCUUCAGGACACAUUCAUUGUCCACACCAUUGAGGAGAUACAGGGACUCAGCACAGCCCAUGAACAGUUUAAAGCUACACUGCCAGAGGCAGACAAGGAGCGACAAGCCAUUCUGGGCAUACACAAUGAGAUUGCCAAGAUCGUUCAGACAUACCACGUGAACAUGGCCGGAUCAAACCCUUAUACAACGAUCAACACUCAAGAAAUCAAUACAAAGUGGGACAAGGUUCGACAGUUGGUGCCACAGCGUGACCAGGCCUUGAGUGGAGAACACGCUCGGCAGCAGAACAACGAAAGAUUGCGGAAACAGUUUGCUAGUCAGGCCAAUGUUAUUGGGCCAUGGAUCCAGACCAAAAUGGCGGAAAUCGGGCGGAUUUCCAUUGAGAUGCAUGGGACCCUGGAGGAUCAGUUGACGCAUCUUCGGCAAUAUGAAAAGAGCAUCGUGAACUACAAGGCAAAAAUUGAUCAGCUUGAGGGAGAUCACCAGCUUAUUCAGGAGGCCCUUAUCUUUGACAACAAGCACACUAAUUACACCAUGGAGCAUGUGCGUGUGGGUUGGGAACAGCUCCUUACAACCAUUGCUCGCACCAUCAAUGAAAUUGAAAACCAGAUCUUGACACGGGAUGCCAAGGGUAUUAGCCAAGAUCAGAUGAAUGAAUUCCGCACUUCCUUCAACCACUUUGACCGGGACCACUCCGGUACUUUGGGCGCUGAGGAGUUCAAAGCCUGCCUGAUCAGCCUGGGCUUCGAUAUCGCCAACGACGCGCAGAAGAGAACGGGAAUGAUGGACGCAGAAGACUUCGGAGUCUGCCUUAUCUCCAUGGGUUAUAAUCUGGGAGAGGCUGAGUUUGCUCGCAUCAUGAGCAUUGUGGACCCCAACCGGCAGGGUGUCAUCACCUUCCAAGCCUUCAUUGACUUUAUGUCGCGAGAGACUGCUGAUACAGACACUGCCGACCAAGUAAUGGCCUCUUUCAAGGUGCUGGCUGGAGAUAAGAACUACAUUCUGGCAGAUGAGCUUCGCAGGGAACUGCCCCCUGACCAGGCCGAAUACUGCAUCGCUCGCAUGGCACCUUACUCUGGUCCCGAUGCUGCACCUGGGGCUCUUGACUACAUGUCCUUCUCAACCGCACUCUACGGGGAAAGUGACCUUUGAGGCCUUCUGCCGCCGUAAUCACAAUCACCUCCUGUCGCACUGGGACCAUCCGUCUCCUACAGCUCAUUUUUUCCCCCCUUUUAUCACAGCCAUUUUAUCAGUGUCCCUUCCAGAGUAGUACACCUCAAUUUACUGUCUGCUUUUUCUACAAUGCCUGCUCCCAUGGAACCUGGAGCAGUGAUGAACAAUCACAAAUUACCAAUGAUGCAAACCGAUAACAGUUCAUUAAUAAAAGAUAGAAUCAUGUCUUUUUUAUUCUAAACACAAGUGAUUUUUUUUUUUUCGUCAUGGUAAACAAUAUUGAUUACUCACUGACUAUUGGGAUUUGAAAUCUACCAAUCAAUCAACAAAACAAUCAAUCAAAAAACUGGGAACACGAGAACACAAGUACGGUCAAUCAAUGGACAUGAUUUUAUGGUCCCCCCCCUUCCCAGCCCCCCCAUGGGUCAUAUGCAUUCUAUGGUCCAUACCCAUGGCCACUCCCACCAUCAUUUUUAAUGCUCCCAACUUUCUACCAUCUUUCCCUUACUUUGUCCAUGACGUACUUGAUCCACAUCUAAUGCAGGAGGUUCUCCAGGUUGACAAAAGGCUGUGAGAUUUGCUUUCUUUGCAUUUUUAUUUUUUUUUUCUUUCAACUGAAAGUUACAUAUUUUAUACAGGAAAAAAAAUAUUUUCAUCACUUGAUUAAAAAAUGUAAAACAAAAA